CUAUCCCAAGUUGAAUUUGCAGACCGGCAAAGUUAGCUGAAGUGUCACCAAUGGCUUCUAUUGGAACGAUCUACACAUACCCGUUCAAUCCUCGGGUGAUGAAAGUUCAAGCAGCCGCGGCUUUGAAUGGGUGUACGGUGGAUAUUGCCCCGGAAUUCAUCAUGGCCAAGACAAACAAGUCACCCGAGUUCUUACUUGACUUCCCACUAGGCAAGGUACCGGCAUUCAGAAGUGUUACCGGCCUGAGUCUCUUCGAAUCAGAUGCCAUUCUGCAAUAUGUCGCUGAAAGUGGUCCCGCGAGCGUUCAGCUGCUAGGCUCCUCCGUGGAUGAGCGCGCUCUGAUUCGUCAGUGGACUGAAUUUGCUGAUCAUGAGCUAUUCGAGCCGUUGCAAAAUAUGGUUCUAUGGCGUUAUGGCAUGGCAGGGUUCGAUGAAGCACUAGAAUUGAGGUCCUAUUCCCGGCUGGAAGUAUCCCUCAGUGUCCUGGAGGCACACCUUCAAGGCCGCGAAUUUGUGGCAUCAGGCGAUCUUAGCAUGGCUGAUCUUUCUGUUGCAGCGGCGAUGGUUUGGGGCUAUGGACAGGUUGUAGAUGAGGACUUGCGGUGCCAGUAUCCUUCGACAGUCCAAUGGUACCUGCGAGUGAUCGGACGAGAGGGGGUCAAGCAAGCAUUUGGGGAGCCGAACUUCAUUGAGAAGCGGCUCGUCUCACCGGGAGUGGAGGCUCAGUAGCUGGUACAGAUGUGUAUUGGCUGAAGGGGGACUACUUUCCCGUGUCCGUGAAUAGUUAUGGCGAAACUGUCACGAGUUUAUCGAACUAGGACAUAGAAGUGCACAUUUGCUUGGUUAUGCUUUGCGAGA